AGCACAAAAUACAUGACAUAUAUAGCCAUAUUAGGGUUAUCUUUUUUUCGUCUCCUUAACCUAGUUACUUUCCAAUCAGUUGAAUAAUUGAUAGAUCAUAUCAUAAUUAAUCCAUCUCGGUCGAUCUUGAAUUAAUAAAGUCUUAGCCAUGAGUAGAGGUGGAAGCUAUGGCGGCGGACAGAGUUCCUUGGGCUACCUUUUUGGAUCGGAGGAGCAGCCCAGUCCUCCGCCGCCACGCCGACCAGUUGAGCCGCCUUACGGCGUUGAUACUGGCAGCGGCAGCUUCGAGAAGCCUCCGGUCCAUACUAAAACUCGUACGGUAGAUCCUUCCGAAAGGCAAAAGAAUUCCAACAACUAUCACCGAGCUGAAGGACAAAAUUUGGGCAACUUUGUAACUGAUCGUCCUUCAACAAAAGUGAAAUCGGUUCCUGGAGGAGAUUCGUCUCUUGGGUACUUGUUUGGAGAUAAGUGAUGAUGUUUUACCUUAAUUAAUUUCCAAUUUCUCUAACUAGAUCUAUUUUCAUCGU